AUGGGUUUCGACAUUGAAAUGGUCGAAGGAAAAGGACCGGUAUUUACGGACCCAUUGAGAUCACCCGAAGACAUUAAAAAAGUCAACUUGAAGCCUGAUGUGUUAAAGUCGUUAGACUGGGCAUUCAAGGCCAUCACUUUGACCAGAAAAAAGUUGAACGGAAGAGUACCGUUGCUCGGUUUUGUGGGAGCUCCAUGGACAUUAUUGGUGUACAUGACCGAGGGACAAGGGUCCAAGAUGUUCAGAUACGCCAAGCAAUGGAUAUACGAAUACACCGAGGAAGCACACCAACUUUUACAGGCCACAACUGACGCUUGUAUCGAGUUUUUGGCCCAACAAGUUGUUGCUGGAGCCCAAAUGUUGCAAGUUUUCGAAUCAUGGGCUGGAGAACUUGGUCCUCACGAAUUCAACGAGUUCUGUUUACCAUAUUUGCGUCAAAUUUCUGCCAAAUUACCUGCUAGACUCCGUGAGUUGGGCGUAACUGACGACAUUCCUCUUACCGUUUUUGCCAAGGGAGCCUGGUACGCCUUGGACGAUUUGUGUGAUCUGGGCUACAAUUGUGUUUCUCUCGACUGGCUCUACAAGCCUGAAGAUGCAGUAAAGGUAGUCAAUGGCAGAAGAAUUACGUUGCAAGGAAACUUGGACCCAGGUAUUAUGUAUGGGUCAAACGAGGUAAUUUCUCAAAAAACCAAACAGAUGAUCGAGGGUUUUGGGGGCGGAAAGCAAAACUACAUUAUCAAUUUUGGACAUGGAACCCACCCCUUCAUGAAGCCCGAGAAAGUUGAACACUUUUUGAAGGAGUGCCAUCGCUACGGCAGCGCUUAG